AUGAAGCAGAGGUUUUCCAGCUUAGACGUCAAGGUCAUAGCCCACGAGCUCUCCGCAAAACUCACCUCACUGCGAGUCACGAAUGUCUAUGACUUGAGCUCGUCAUCUGCUGAUUCCAAGCAGCGCAUCUUCCUCAUCAAGUUUCACAAGCCCGACCACCGCGAACAGCUCCUCAUCGAUUCCGGCUUCCGCUGCCACCUUACCGAAUAUGCGCGAACCACAGCCGCUGCGCCUUCUGCCUUUGUCGCAAAGCUGCGCAAAUACCUGAAGACUAGGCGAAUUACAUCCAUCACCCAGAUCGGCACUGACCGCAUCCUCGAGUUCCAAUUCUCCGAUGGAUUAUACAGACUGUACUUGGAGUUCUACGCUGGCGGCAACAUUGUUUUGACAGACGCGGAUCUGAAUGUCUUGUCUCUACUCCGCAAUGUAGACGAAGGCGAGGAACACGAAAGGCUCAGGGUCGGUCUGAAAUACAACCUCACCCUGCGACAGAACUAUGGUGGCGCCCCAGAGCUUACCAAGGAUCGAGUGCGUCAAGGGCUGCAGAAGGCGGUUGACAAACAACAAGAUCAGCCUGCGGCGACAGGGAAGAAAGCGAAGAAGGCAGGAAAGGAUUCGUUGAGGAAGGCACUUGCCGUUUCAAUCACGGAGUGCCCCCCUCUGCUAGUAGACCAUGCGCUGCACAUCGCGAACUUCGAUUCGACCCUCAAACCGGAGGAGGUACUCGCUGACGACGCUCUCCUGGAAAAGCUUGUCGUGGUGCUCCAGAACGCAAGAAAGAUCACGGACGAGAUCACGACACCAGACCAAAUCAAGGGCUUCAUCCUCGCCAAGCCAAACCCCUCCGCACCUCCGGCCGAUGACGAAGCCUCCGAGAAAUUGAGAGUCCUCUAUGACGACUUCCACCCUUUCCGUCCAGCUCAAUUCGAGAACUCGGACUAUACCUUCCUAGAAUUUGACGGAUUCAACAAAGCGGUGGAUGAGUUCUUUUCCUCGAUAGAAGGACAGAAGCUGGAAUCAAAGUUGACCGAGCGCGAACAACAGGCCAAGAAGAAGCUGGAAAAGGCGCGCAAAGAGCAUGAAGACCGAAUCGGUGGAUUGCAGCAAGUGCAAAAUCUCAACUUCCGCAAAGCAGAAGCGAUAUUGGCAAAUGUGCAUCGUGUCACAGAAGCUACCGAAGCCGUCAAUGGAUUGAUCAGACAAGGCAUGGACUGGGUUGAUAUCGCGCGUUUGAUCGAGCGUGAACAGAACUCUGGAAACGCAGUCGCACAGCUCAUCAAGCUACCACUAAAGCUGCAUGAGAAUACGGUCACGCUACUGCUGGAUGAGACCAACUGGGAAGAGGGAGGGGACGAAGAAGAUGAGGGCAAUGAGACAAGUUCUGUCAGCGAAGACACAGACAAUGAAGACGAGGCCCCUAAGAAGAAGGCCCCAACCCCAGCCGUAUCCGCUCGGCCACAAUUGGCUAUCGACAUCGACCUCGCUUUGACCGCUUGGGCGAACUCAACCGAGUACUUUGACCAAAAGAAGACAGCCGCUGACAAAGAAGACCGCACAUUGCAAGCAUCCACCAAGGCUUUGAAGAGCCACGAAAAGAAGGUGAACGAGGACCUGAAGAAGGGGUUGAAGCAAGAGAAGGAGGUGUUGCGACCAGUGCGCAAGCAGCAGUGGUUUGAGAAGUUCAUAUACUUCAUUUCCUCUGAUGGUUAUCUAGUCCUUGGAGGUAAAGAUGCUCAGCAGAACGAGAUUAUCUACCGACGCUUUCUACGGAAGGGAGAUGUAUACGUUCAUGCCGACAUCAAGGGAGCAAUGCCGAUGAUCAUCAAAAACAAGCCCGAUACGCCUGACGCUCCCAUUCCUCCAUCGACACUCUCGCAAGCAGGCAACCUCUGUAUCUGUUCAUCUGAGGCAUGGGACUCAAAGGCAGUAAUGUCAGCUUGGUGGGUUCGCAGCGAUCAAGUCAGCAAAACGGGCCAGACCGGGGAGUUUCUUCCAGCUGGCAUGUUCAACGUCAAGGGCAAGAAGGAAUUUCUGCCACCUGCUCAGCUGGUCGUUGGUCUUGCUGUUAUGUUUGAGAUCAGCGAUUCAAGUAAGGCCAAUCACCACAAACAUCGUUUGCAAGACACUGCGGUAUCUGCCGCGGAGAUGGACAAUGAGCCCGCAGACGAAUCGAAGACAGCAGAAGCGUCAAAGACCGACAACAGCGAUGACGAUGAGGACUUCCCAGACGCCAGGAUCGAUUCAGAUUCAGAAGACGACUUCCCCGAUGCCAAGAUGGAGCAGACUGAAGAGAGUGACGCCGAGUCUGAGGCUGCGGCACCAAGGAGCAAUCCUCUCCAGUCCAGAACAGCAGAGGCUAAGGACGACUCCGACGAUGAAGAUGAGCCGGUAGCUGCUAAGGAUAAUGACGAGUAUGCCAUGUCUGGUGGUAAAAAUGGCUCCGCUCUGAGCGAAGAGCCUCAAGAAGACGCGGGCUCUGUAGCAGAUACUGAGCGGGCGCCAAAAUCCACUGGGAAGCGACAGUUGUCUGCAAGAGAACGUCGCCUUGCAAGGAAGGGCCAACUGCAAGACUUGCCUCAGGUUCCAUCUGACGCGAAGCCUGCAGCUGAUGAUGCUGAUGAAGACGACAACUCAUCGGCAGAAGACGGUAGCGCAAAGAGUCCGCCUAAAGCACCCGGCACAGUGACGACGCAAAGCUCCAAGCCAAAGAACGCCCCGCUACCUCGAGGCAAGCGCGCGAAAGCAAAGAAGCAGGCCGCAAAGUACGCCGCACAAGACGAAGAAGACCGUGAACUAGCAAUGCGCCUAUUGGGUUCCAAAUCCGGGCAGCAGGCUGCCGAAGCGGCUGCUCAAGAGAAGCGUCAGAAGGAAGAGCAGGCACAAGCUGACAAGCAACGGCGUCGAGACCAGCAUCUCCGUGCCCAAGCCGCAGGCAAAGCAGCCGAAGAAGCCCGCCUACGCGCCCUAGAGAACGCCGAAGACGACGACGAAGGCGACGAAGUCCUCAAGACAAACCUGCAGAACCUCGAUGCGUUCACAGGCCGCCCCUUACCCAACGACGAGCUCCUCACCGCCAUACCCGUAUGCGCACCCUGGUCCGCCCUCUCUACCUACAAAUACAAAGCCAAGAUCCAACCGGGCUCUACCAAACGCGGUAAAGCAGUGAAAGAGGUCCUUGCUAUCUGGGAUCACGCCGGGAAGGACGCCAAGGCGCUGGAUAAGACCAGUCAGGAUGUCGAGCGUAUCUGGCCCAAGGAGAUCGAGAUGAUAAGAGGCUGGAAAGAGACCGAAGUCGUAGGUGUUGUGCCGGUUAGUAAGGUGCGGGUCAUGAUUGCGGGUGGUCGCCGCGGUGCCGAUAUCGCGAAGGGGAAGAAGAAGAGUGCGAGGGGCGGGAGGGGUUCAAAGAAGAAGUGA